AUGCCCAGUGCGACAGUUCCAAUUUCAACACCCAUUCGUGAGCCUAUCGGCCCUAAUCCCAGCACGGCGCCCGGCUCAUGCAAAGUCAACACUGAUGGCUCCACUCGGCAAGAACCCUUCACUUUAGCCUCUGAAGUGAUCUCGCCGGCGUUACAGGUGCAGCUGGACACAUUCAAGGGUCUGCUUGAACAGCAAGGUUAUGAACUAUCCAACCCAGCAGAAAACACAGAUGAUACCACUCUACUACGGUUUUUGACGGCACAGAAAUUCAAUCCAGACCAAGCCCUGCAACAAUAUCAUCAUGUCCAAACAUGGCGCAAGGAACAUGAUAUUCGGUCCUUUUACCAGAACGUGGAUGUUGACUAUUACGAAGAAACCAGGAAAAUGUAUCCCCAAUGGAUCGGUCGAAGAGAUAAUGAUGGACAUGCCAUUUAUGUUUUCCCUGUCCGACACUUAACGAAGAAGAGAUUAGACGCAUAUCUCAAGAAAAUCUCUUCCUGUCCAUCAUCGAAAGCGCACCGUCCAUCGAACCUUUCACCGGAAGAUCUUCACUUCCACGCUCUCUACGAAAAUCUGCUGCACUUUGUAUUUCCACUUGUGUCAGAACUUCCGAGGCCAGAUAUGUCCAGAGCUAUUAGCGCGUCCACACAUAUUGUCGAUGUUAGUGGGGUGAGCAUUCGCCAGUUUUGGAGCAUUCGCAAGUAUCUCCAACAAGCUAGCGUCACUGCCACGACUCACUACCCAGAGACCUUGGGCAAGGUCGUUGGUGCACCUGCAUUCUUCAAAUCCAUUUGGGACCUGAUCAGUCAAUGGUUUGAUCCUGUCACCCGGUCGAAGAUUUUCCUGCUGUCUUCGUCGGAAGCCAGUGAGGUAUUGCAGAAAUAUAUCGAUCCGGCCAAUCUACCUGCUGAGUAUGGUGGGGUUCUUAAAUGGGAGUGGCAAGAUCUCCCGAAUCUGGAUGCCGAUGCCAGACGACUCGUUGAUAAUCUCUACGAGAAGACGGAUCAGGGGGAGCUUUUCGCCAAAGGGCCUGUAAUAUUUGAGGAUGAUUGUAUCAAGCUUUUGGGUACGAUUAAUGGGAAGCCUAGGAGGAACGACUUUUGUCCACGAUAA